AUGGGUCAGCGACCUGCUAAACGUCGACGUGCUGAUAUAGCGGACCAAACUGGAAACAUUUCAAGCGUGGUCUAUAACAACACGCCCACGACAACCAUGGAAAGAGCCUCUAAGUUUACCUUGAGUGGUGGGUUUGUUAGUGCUGGCUCUCAUCUUCAGGUCCUUGGCGAGCAAUUGUCGAAUCAAACCAGGGGUGAAAUCAAAUCAGCUUCAAUAAACGAGAAAGCCAAAGGCUCUAAAAAAGCCAUCAAAAGUCCAGCUACUAGCCAAGGUACACUCUUGGGGUUCUUGGGGAAGCAAGAGCCACAAAGGGAGACUAAGCCAGCGCCCAUAGUCGAUGAGUACCGAGAAGAAAAGACCAGGGCUAUUGCACAAUUACAUAGACAGCGAAACACGACCUCCGAAGGACUGAUGCAAUUGACGCCGCAAAAUGAUAGCGAAACUCUGCCUCCACUUUUUUCCGGACAUCGUCUAGGGACGGCUGCUGCACUAUCUCGACCAAACGUUAAUCGGAUCCAAGGAAAACAGGACGAUAACUAUGUAUUCCUCUCUAGCUCUCCACCUAGAGCAAAACAACCUAGGAUACUUGCCGAACCGGCGCCAGAAGUCCCUUCCCCUGGUCUAACAGCAAAACCCGCAAUCAUGUCGUUGGUCCGUCCCGCGAGAACGAUGCAUACCACUAGCAUGUCAAUAGCACAAGGAUCGACUGGUGCCAAAAAGACACUCGGUGUCAAAAGGAGCAUGAAUGGCUGGGCCAAUCGUACAACACAGCCCUUUGUUCCCCCAACUAGGAAAAAAGAGAGCUAG